AAUACUUUGUAGUGCUUGGGUAUUUGUGCAGGACAUAUUUACAAGUAUGUCAUAGCAUGUAUAAAUCUUAAGAUAUAAUUGUCUAAAUGGUAAGUACCAAAAAAAAAAAAGUAAAAUUCAGAAAGUGCUUGGAGUGAGAAGCAUGAAUGAAGCCAUCCUUAUAACAAAAAGGUAAUAAUUUUAAUUGACCAAAAUAAUUCAUGUGGAGAUUUAUUGUGGAAAAUACCAUGAUAAAAUUUUUAAUAUAAUUGAUUCCCACAGAGCUUCCAUUCCUCAGAGUUCAGCUAAGCACUUGCAAAAUUCUUUGUCCUCUCAUUCCACCUUGACCCUGAAUUUUUUUGUCACCCUUUGGGUGAGGACAUAGUUGGAGUUUUCCUGUGGUGGGGUUUGCCUGUACAACAGGAGCCAAGAGAUGAAAAUGGUUUUGAGGCCAAAGCGAGGGGACUGAGAUGAGGAAGCCAUUGUGGAAGUAUUGCUAAGGGAACCCCCGGCCUCUGGUGCAGAGGUGGUUUCAGUUCAGGAGCAUCAGCAGUAGCUAGAAAAUUCUGCUAGACAAGAGCUUUAGGUGAAAUUUCUUUAUGUGGGACCAGAAGCUUUCCCCCCCCCCCUUUGCAAUGGAAGCUCUGUUUUAAAAAAAAGUAGGAGAGUAUUUGUGAAAUUGACUAUAUUGUUUAGCUCACAUGAUAACAUUUCUAUAAUAAAUCAUACUCAGCGUGCUAAUGCGCGAAGAGACUGAACUGAAGACGCUCCAGACUCAGAUAGCAAAAUUAUAAGCCUACUUCAUGAUAAGAACCAACUUCUUCUUAAAACAGGCACGAAGACAUGGGUCCAAGGAGAAGUCCUCCAAGAAGCACAGGCCUGAAGACCACAACGAUAAAGAGCCCCCUUCCGAUAAAGGCAGAGAGAGCCUGAACUCUUCGGAGAAUGGCGAGGAGCGGCACAAGCGCAAGGAGAGGAAGUCCUCCAGAGGACGUAGCCACUCACGGUCUCGAUCUCGGGAAAGGCGACACCGUAGUCGAAGCCGCGAUAGAAAAAAGUCCCGCUCCCGCAGUCGGGAUAAAAAGCGGCGCCCAAGAUCCAGAUCUCGAUCCAGAUCCAGACACAGGCAUAGAAGUCGCAGCAGAAGCCGAACCAGGAGCCGGAGCAGGGAGAGAAAGAAGAGACCUGAAAAACCACGAAAGUUCAGCCGAAGUCACAGCCGAACUCCCAGCCCCCCACCUUUCAGGGGGCGAAACACGGCGAUGGAUGCUCAGGAAGCCUUGGCCAGACGGUUGGAAAGAGCAAAAAAAUUGCAAGAACAGAGAGAAAAAGAACUGGUUGAAAAGCAGAAGCAACAGGAAAUUGUUGCCGCGGCAGCUGCCACCGGCGGGUCAGUCAUCAACGUCGCAGCUCUCCUGGCCUCCGGGACGCAGGUCACUCCCCAAAUAGCCAUGGCAGCUCAGAUGGCAGCCCUGCAAGCCAAGGCUCUGGCCGAGACGGGAAUAGCCGUUCCCAGCUACUAUAACCCAGCAGCUGUGAACCCCAUGAAGUUCGCCGAGCAAGAAAAGAAGAGGAAAAUGCUUUGGCAGGGCAAGAAAGAAGGGGAUAAAUCACAAUCUGCGGAAAUCUGGGAGAAACUGAAUUUCGGAAACAAGGACCAAAAUGUCAAGUUUAGAAAGUUGAUGGGCAUUAAGAGUGAGGAGGAAGCCGGGGCUAGCAGCUCGGUGGACGAGGAGAGUUAUAAGACUUUGAAACAGCAAGAAGAAGUCUUCCGCAAUCUGGACGCACAGUACGAAAUGGCCAGGUCACAAACACACACCCAAAGAGGAAUGGGAUUGGGCUUUACGUCUUCGAUGCGAGGAAUGGAUGCCGUUUGAGGAAAUGCCUUUGGACAGCUUGAGACUUCUCCGACUGAGAUUCUUGUUGAGAUGUUGGCUCCACGUUCACCGAAAGCUGGCAUCCUAGCUUGCAUGGGUGUUAACAUUGACUUUAAUUUAUUGACAUUACAAAUUUUUUGUAAAUACCAGAUCAGUGAUAACUGGUGUUCCAUGUUGUAAUCAGGUUAUACUCACUUCCAUUAUACACAGCAGAGCUCUAGAAGGACGCUUCUACUUCUGUGGUUUUCAAACAGAACAGCCGAGGGUGAACUCACCACAUGGAUAUUUUGUGCCCACCGUCUCUUGUGUACUUUUUGUACUUUAAACUUGUACAGUUAUUUUCAACUCUUGGACAUGAAACACAUUGUAUUGGUGUUAAAAACUAGCAGAUCGGGCCAAUGGGUACGUAAAUGCAGUGCAACAACCUGGUUAAUAAAACUUUUUUUUCUCAAGUAA